GCGCACACACUCUCUCACACACACCUCUCUGCCUUCACAGGCGGGCGAGGGGCACUUUCGAACAUUAUUUUCUUUCCACACCCAGUUGGCUUCUGACAUCAUUUCUGCAGGAGGGCGGGCGGGAGGCAGCCGCCGCCAGACGGUCGCAGCCCGCGGAGUGCUGCCCGCCGGCCCCGCGCCGCGCCCGCCCCGCGCCUGUUUUGCUGGAGUGUUUGAAUCCACCUGUCUUGAAUCUUUUAAGCUUGAGGCUGUUCUUUAGGAUUUUCAGAUUUUUCUCAGACUAAAGCCUCCACAGAUCAAGGAUGUUGAUUCUUCUGGCUUUCAUUAUUGUGUUUCACAUAACCUCAGCAGCACUGCUGUUCAUCUCAACUAUUGACAAUGCCUGGUGGGUAGGAGAGAAUUUUUCUACAGAUGUCUGGAGAGUGUGUUCCACAAAUACUAGCAUCUGUAAGGCUAUCACUGAUCAAUUCAGAGAGUAUCAAUCAAUUCAGGCUGUUCAGGCUGCCAUGAUCCUAUCUACAAUUUUCUGUUGUGUGGGAUUUCUGGUUUUCAUUCUCCAACUCUUCCGUCUGAAGCAAGGAGAAAGAUUUGUGUUAACCUCUAUUAUACAGCUCCUCUCAUGUCUGUGUGUUAUGAUUGCAGCUUCCAUCUAUACAGACAGGCAUGAAGAACUACACAAGAGCAGUGGAUAUAUGGCUGAGGUUUCUGAAGGCCAGUAUGGCUAUUCCUUCGUCCUAGCCUGGAUUGCAUUUGCAUUUACUCUCAUCAGUGGUGUUAUGUACCUAGUAUUAAGGAAGCGUAAAUAAAUGUCAGCAGCUAGUUAUUUCUGUCACUGCAAUACAAAACCAAAUUCCAGUAACCAUUUUGUAUAUAAUCAUUUACAUGGUUUUGUAGUAAAGGUAUUGUUUCUCUAAAAAUGUACUGUGUUCUUGAUAUGAAACAAAAUGACAACAAAUGGCAGGUUUGAUGGAACGCCUGGCACCUACAGGUCAGGGGGCUGAGUGGGACAGAGCCUUUUACAUAUUUCAUCAUCAUGAAUGGUUUGCCCUUUACUAGACGUUAACAGUUUGCUCCUGGCCUCUAGGAGAUUACAAAUAAAGCCCAUUCAAAUUAAUUUGUAAGCAGUAUGCUAACUAUAUUCCUGGACCAAACGUGCCCCCUUGGAACGGGUUAAAUGCAGGAGGAAUAAAAAAGGAGGCCCAGAUCAUAGUGAAAAAGCAAACAAUUAUACAAGCCCAAAAGCUACACUUGGUGCGUCUGUUCUGGCAGAGGACUAGUGUUCUGCAAUUUGUAAUGUGCAGUAAGUGUCAUCAAGCUUUUAUUAAAACCACUUGCUUUGGAAAAGUAAACAACUCCUUUUUGUACUGCAGCAAUUAUUCUCUUGAUUCUCUUUCAUAUUUAAUUUAAGAAUACAGAGCCUUUGGCUGGAAAAUUUAGCAGCAAAUUCACUGCAGAACCCGGGACCAGAAUAGUCUGAGCAGUAAGAAACACUCCGCUCAAAUCCUGUAUCCCUUUAGGCUUGCAUUGCUCAUAGGCUUUCUGAAGGAAUGAAAGGGGAAAAAAAAAAAAAGAAAAAGCAUCACCUUGCCUACAUUAACAAAUCUGUAUGUAAAACAUUGAUCAAGCAGUGCCACAUCCAGGUUUUCAGAGCCAAACUCAGCUGUUUAUUACAGCAGGCUGUUCUUACGUAGGGAUUUCAUAGCUAAUAUAUCAUUUACAAAAGCAUUUCCUGAGUGUGCCUAUUAGGAAAUUGGCCUUUACAAAAUUAGUUCUAAAUUCCUGUGUGGAUUUCACUUGAACUAAACACUCAUACUCAAUAAAUCAGAGUGCAAUUACUAUGCUUAUGAAUUUCAGGAUAGCUUUUCAAGAUAAAAUGACUUGGUGAAUUUUGUUUUCAGUAAUUGUCUAAGAUAAAUCUCUACUGUAAUACCAGGCUUAACUGCUCAGCAGUGUAAUACUGGCUUUGGCUCAUGGUGAUUUUGAAGUUGGGAGAUCAGUGUGGAGAAUGAAUGAAGUGGCUUUUUCUCAUUAGUCACAGCUUUGAUGCUUAAAUGUAGACUCUAUAAAAGCACUAACCAUUUAUUUAUUUCAGUAUAUACAUUACAGCUGGCCCAAUACACAGGCAAUAAAAAAGUAAAUGGGUUCUGAAUAAGGUCUUACACUUAAUGUAGAAUGAAUUAAUUAUUACAAAGUAUUGUAGCUCUAAAGUCUACACUUAAUGCAUUAUACAGCUGAUGGUCUGACCCAUGCCUUCAGAUAAUUCAUCCUUGUUUUCUCCCAAAGUAGAAGUUCAGGUGCAUAACUGUACAAGAUGGCCUCCAACAGGAAUAAUAGGUUGUGAAGUUCCAUCUCCAUUCUUUAAACAUCCUAAAAUGCUUUGGCACAUACUACUUUCAUUUUGGGAGCAAAGAAAGCCCAGCAAGACUGUUAAGAAAUUAGGUGAGUAAGCAGGACAGCACUUUCAAAGUAAUAAUAGUAGUAAAAUCCUCAAAGUUAUCUGAGCAAAAUGCAUUCUCACCAGUCCAGCAUGAUGCCAGUGUUUUGUCUUUCUUUAUUUUUUCCUUUUUCUUUUUUUUUUUUUUUUUCUUACUGGGAAUGCUCUAAAUUUCAAGAAUGAUUACCCUACUUUUUAAAAAGUGUUUCUGCAGUUUGUUGAAUACAUUUCACAUUCAAAACCUGAAUUUUGCUAGCAAGUGGAAUCUGUCUUAAAGAAGCAGACACAGGUUUGAGGUUGAAAGCAGACUAUUAGCUAGGCAUUUUACUGGUUUUAUUCAAACAUGAAAUAGUGAGGGAAGUUCUUAUGCAAAUAUGGAUUAAAACUUUCAUCUAGAAGAGAGUCUUGUAAUAGUGUAAGUUAAGCUGUUAUGCUACUGACUUGAAGAGAUGCUUCUUCAGUUUCUUGCCCUGACAGUGCUUGAGUCAUGUAUACAGCAAAUAUUUAAACUAAAGAUGUAUAUAUAUACAUGAACACACAGCUUCAUUCCACAAUAAAAGCUCUGUCCCUCUAAUUAAAAAAGUGCACACCACAGUGUAGAAACAGGAGCUUACAAGAUGCCACUUAAAACAGAUCAGAUGAGAAAGUUCUGCAUACCAAAAAAACCCAAAUGCCAAACCGGUCUGAACUAAAGUUUUGAUGGGACAAAGAUAUUUUAGGAUAUUCUUUUUACAUGAUAUGCCUUUAAAAUAUACCAUUUUCUAUGCUCUCUAUACUCUGAAACUGUACAUGAAAAUAAAGUUAAAACAAAUUCUUGUACUGUAAUAGCAAGCUCAAUACAUUUAGGAAUCUGACCUUGUCUUUACGUUUGGGAUAUAUUUACAUGAUGUUGGAUGAGAAAUAGUUGAGCAUUUGUGUGAACAGGUAAAAUUAAAUUCUUCCUGCCUGUACUUUAACCACAAGCUGGUUAUUUUUGUGCUUUGUUGAAGACCUUCCGGGGUAAGCAGACAAAAUAUUAGUGUAUUGAACGUUCCAGUGUAUGGUGUCAAAAGAAUAGCUAUGGACCAUCCAAGAUUCACAGAUGUUCUGAUAAGCUGCUUACUUCUAAGGUGCUUUUCCCAUCAUUUACAGAAACAGCUCUGCAUUGAAGAUCAUGUUGAGUGCCUUGACCAUGUGAGAAAAUAAUGCCAGAAACUGAUGAGUUAAUUCUAUAUCUGUUCCAAUCCAAGCUUCAGGUUUGCACUAAGAUAAUAUCACAAUAGUGUUUUAG